CAGUUAGUUGAAAUGUUCUGCCCCUCCUGGAGUCGAGGUCUGAAUACGCCACUGGAUCUAUAACGCACACAUACACACAAACACACACACGCACCGUCACACAAACGCACACACCAUCGCAUGUCACGAACUAUAUACGUCGGAUUUAAUAGCUCUCAUUCGUUCACAGUUCAACUCGAGAGUGACAAGUUUGCCCUAGCUCGUGCAGAGUACAGUCGCUGGAGCUAUCAGAUCCAAGUCGUCAGUCAUCCAUACGCAUUUGAGCUGGUCACACCAGUGAUACUGUUCUUUGAUCACACCUAUACUGUUUUUACAGGACGAAUCUACUUUAUUGAUAUUAAAAGGAGACUCAUUUAUCUCUCACCGACGCAUUUUACGAGUUUGACCUUUUUUUUCACACGGACACUUAAAUCGAGAUCUUAAUAUUUUGGGAGUAUCUUGGAGGCAUGAUACUUCUUUAGGAUCACGAUGACGGUUUGCAAGAGGACUUCCAAUCGGUGGACGACCAUGAGUAAAUCAAUAUGGAGAGUUAUCAUCGUUCAUCUCAUCGUCUUGUGGAAUGUUGGGAGAUCACAGCAUUUAUCGGAGGUCCGCCUUUCGAACGGUACCAGUCAGUAUUCGGGCAUCGUGGAGAUCCUUGACGGGGCGAGGUCGACGUGGUUGACGGUGUGCCACACCCCAUCUUGGAGUAUCAUUGACGUACAGGUGAUCUGUAGACAGCUUGGUCAGGUGGGAGCCAGUCGAGCGUUCACCGUAGAGAUGGUCAACCCUGACAGACCGGUCGCCUACUAUGAUCAACAGUUCAGCUGCACAGGAACCGAGACGGAAGUCAACGAUUGCCCCCGGAUCCCCAUUGAUACCAGUACCCUCGAGGCGUGUCAACCGGCCUGGGCUAGUUGCUAUGAUGAGCAUUACCUCGGUUGUUACGGCGACAACCGAUACGACCGCGUUCUGACCGCGGCAACCUACCCGAUGACCGGCUUGAUGUCACCGCAGAUCUGCAUGGACUACUGCAUGGAGCUUGGCCAUUUGUACGCUGGGGUUGAGUACGCGAGUGAAUGUUACUGCGGUAGUGCGGACGCGGACUACGCGCGGCAGCAACGUUACGCGGAUAAACACUGUCAGGUGACCUGCGUCGGGAACCCGACGGAGAGCUGCGGCGGUGUGCAGAAGAUUGCAGUCUUUCGCACUAUCUUGCAACCAACAUCAGCCCCGACAACAACAGUUGCGACCACCAUAGCCACAUCGUCACCCAUCACAACCUCUGUUGCAACACCGGAAGCAACGAAAGCCGCUUCCACAAGAGGUCCUCGGACAUUCAAGAUAUCUACGACAGAGAGGGGGGCGCCACCUACGAUGACCAUUGGCCAGGACCAGCCCUCAACGACCAUGGUUGUUAUACAGCUUACAGGACAAAAAAUUUCAACAUCAACUAUUGCCGGGCUCGCAGCAGGGGGCGGUCUUCUCUUUCUAGUGUGCUCAGCCGUGCUUCUCUUCGUUUCGUUACUCUACAGACGUCGACGUAAAAAGGCAUCAAUCAUGGAGGACCCAUCUCCUUACGCAUUGUCCUCCUCGGUGGAGAUCGUCAUGGACACCACCUACCUAGAUCCUAUGAAUUCUAUCGGGGACUCAGCCGUCUACAGCGGACUCUCUCAUGUCUCUGAGAGUGAGUUUGAAAGCACCUUCGGCGGAGGAGGAGGCGGAGGCGGAGAACGAAGUGAUUUCUCCACCUAUUUAGGACUGACUUUCAAGGAGAUGCAACGACGAAACGAGGACGAGUACGCGUCUCUCAACGCAGGCCUAAAGAAAGAAGGUAGCUUCGCUACGAUCGCUACGACCAAGAGCGGCGACAUCGGGGACGCAAGCGAGGAGGCAACGUACAGCGAUGCGUCAGGGUUUGAAACAAGCAAUGAGUCGGGUGGAAAUGCAGUACCUAUGGCAAGUCGGGUUGUAGGACAGCCUGUCGAAGGUGUCCUAGGACAAGAACUGUACGAUGAGCCACACAAGUCUGGAAUAUACAUCUCAGGGACAGGUCUUUGCCCUUUUAAACACGGAUUCGAGUUUGAUGCUGGAGUGUAUUCCCCAGUUCAUCAGGCAUCGUAUUGCGAGAUUGGGGGUGGAGCAACUGAAAUUCAAGAUAAAAAGCUUGAGCAAUCCUCCACUUUGGCUAAAACAAGGGAGAAACGUGGUAAGAUAAGAUCACCAGUUUCUCGGGAAUACGCAAGCGUGUUCCCGCACCUAUCGCAGAUGGAAUUUCACGAGAAUCAACUUGACACCGGGACAGACGAAUGUCAAAAUGGCGGCCGUUUAGAAAGUGGAGACUAUGCCACGGUAUCAGAUCUAGACUUCAAGAGUAGAACGUCGUGUCUCCCGAGCGAUAUACCAGGAGAUAAACAAAACCAGUUUAGAACUUUGCCAGCCAUUGCCAGAAUUAGCCAAGAACCGCAACUUAGGGCCGGUAACUCGCGGAAUGGUGAUUACGAUAGUGUUUAUUUCGAAGGACGAACGCAAUCCAAAACACUUCCAGAUUCCAGGAGAAGGCCAAGGAUUGAGAGUGUCCCCUUUCCAUCUGUUCUUUAUGCAGACUACGCCACCAUUGGGAACGAAAGUGAUAUGCAAUUCAAGUAUGAUUUCGCAAAUGAUGACACUUUUGAGACAGAAGAUGUUGUCAACAACAUGGACCAUUCAUACUCCUAUGUAGAUCACAAGAAACUCCUGAUAGCAAAGAGCAAGAAAUGCUCCGCCAAAGACCUUUCACUUUCUUCUGAAGGGAGCGCGAGCAGCCCAAGUUACGUAAAUGUAAAUGGAACAGAAAAGAGCUCGAAGACCACUCCAAGGAUAUCCGUGUCUUCCAUUUUGUCCCAGAUGUCUCCUCGAGGACAACUGCGCAAGUAUUCAUCCCUUGAUGAAGAAUGUAACGACAAGAAAGCACUCGAUACAAUCAAACCUGUAGAUAUUAAAAAUAGGAAACCCUCUUCCACGAUGCCGAGGGGCUUACGACCGUCAGAAGUAGAAUAUGCUGUAGUGGAUAAGGCAUCAAGGAACUCUGAGCCAGCUCUAGUCGCUCAAAAACUAUCGAGUUCAGACGACUAUGACAUCCUUCAACAUUCAACUCUGGACUGAAUAGAAGAACAGCGCGCCCUCGAAAUGGAGGAUAUUCCAUAAGCAAGCCCUAUUACAGAGAAGAAACAUGUUAAUAGAGUGACUAUUUGAAAACACUCUGGUGACUAUAUCAAAAUACUGUGCCUA